UUCAUUAUGUGGCAGUGAAUUUCCUUGAUGUGUAAAAUGCCCUAAAGAUAUCAUUACUCGAUACAGAGUCAUCAGGAUGCACCAACGCCGAGAGUUUUCCCACUUUCUACAAUUGAGCUUGGAAGGAUGCGAAGAAUUUAACUUCCUGAGAUUUUUCGAUGCGAUAUCAUGUACAUUAAUAUCAGUUUUUAUUACAUUGGUUUUAUCGUUUUUACGACAAAAAUCAUCAAACACACGACUAUCAUUGGUUGCACCCUUAAAUAUUCUCGAUGGCCAACUUCGAAACAGAUGGUCUGUAGCGAUUGCUUUUGCUACAAUGAUGUCUACUAUAAGCGGUCUUUUACUUGGUCACAAGUUUCACUUCAUUCAAAUUGACGACGAGCGUUUACACAAUAUUUCUGCUCUGCUUAAUCUUAUCAUCACGGUGGUCACGUAUUUCGUCGUUUACUAUCCAUACUUGGCAUGUUUGAUGUCUGAACAUUGUUUGAUUGCAUCCAUUCUUGGUUUUUUAUAUGUAUCUUACAGAUAUAUUAUCUUGGCUGUGGGUGCAUUUCAAUGCUGGAUUUACUCCAAAUCAUUAACGAAUGAACAGGAAUAUUUCAAGUUUGUCUUAGAACUUCCUGUUAUUGUUUUCAAUGCAUUUCUGUUCGCCAGAUUUGCGUUUUUAGUUGGCUAUCACACAUGGCACCGUGUUUUUCGUAGUCAUUUGAAGACGAGUCAAUACAAAAUUGUGGAAGAAUCAACUUUACGUUAUGUUUAUUUUAUUUUCCACCCGCGAAAAAGAUCACGAAUAGAAAGUAAAAAUAUUUAUGGUAUUGUCUCAAUUCUAUAUGGCGACUGUAAUUUUAAAUUUUCCAGUUUGACGAUUUCCACGUUUUUAGUUUCCUUUCUCGCCGUUUUUUAUACCUCGGUCGUCAUUGUUCGUGAAAUCUGUUCUGUGGAAUUAUUCCAGUCAAAUCCUUUCGACGUUGUAAUAAAAACGCCUACAAUCACAUCGGUUUGUGUAGCAGCAUUCUUCACAAGUGGAAUGUUGAUUGAUUCCAUGCUUUGUCAUCGACGAAACAUUUUACGUAUGUUCAAAGGUGACAAAACAUUCCUUCCUGAAAAUCUUGGACGACCUUCGCGUAUCGUGGGUAGAAGCUUGCGAUUCUGUGGUAAUCAAGUUGCAGCUGCUUGCUGGGGAAACAUAACCGUCAGUUCUUUAUUCAUUAUAAUUUCGUGCACAAUCACAACUUUGGUACAUUUUUGGGAAGAAAUAUUUACCCCGGAAAGAAUAGAGAGAGCAAGACAAGACAUGAUUUUUGUUCUUUUGCCCUGUAGCAUCUACUAUAUCGCGAUUUGGUUUUUUAUCGAAUUGCUUGUAAAGUUUGUGUUUCGAAACUUCAGCUAUCCCGACAAUGUCAUCACCAUAGACAACAGAAAAGUUUACAAUACUUCAAUAUUCUUCUUUUACUUCCACACAAUCAUUGUUGGUUUCCCAGCCGUUGUGGGUCGCACAAUAUUAAGCAUAUUUCUUGGAUUAUUUUUUCUUUCGCGGACGGAUCGCAAUCUUAUGAUCCAGGGAUUCCAUAACGUUGAUCAUGGUUAUGCUUCUUAUGUCGGCUACCUUCAUGUGAUUGCAAUACAUAGAAAUCCCGUACGGAUUGUCUUUUCACAAAUUUUGCUGGAUCUUGUACAUAAACAAAAUGUGAUCGUCAACAAAAGAGUGUACCCUUACCCGCGGGUUUCAAGGAAAGCUUUCAACCGUUGGCAUCUAGCUUAUACUCUUAUCAAAAACUCUCAACUUCAGCAAUAUCGAAUCCAUCGUUUCGUAGAUGAAGAUCGAAGGUAAAUAGAAUGUCCUUGUCUUUCCAUGAGACAUUCGUGAAUAAGUUCAACGAAGAUAAACAUCAAGAAAUAAAGUAUCUUGUACGAUGAGGAUAUCACAUGUUAGCUAAACUAUCACAUUGAAAAAAUACAAUAGAGGAAGCUAA